AUCCCGAUCGAGCUCCACAGACAAGAGGAGAAGAAACAAAGGGAGAAAAACAGAGGAGAACUUUUGAAAGGAGCCGGCUAGAAUGGGGAGCUUACGUUGUUUGUUCGUGGCGGCAUUCAUCGUAGCAUUUGAACAUAGCUUAGUUGAUGCGAAGUUUUCGAACAGUGUGUUUUUCAAUUGGGGCUCUGGCAACGCUGCAAUUCAAGGAGACGGCGAGAAUCUUCAACUUGUGUUGGAUAGAAAUUCAGGCUCAGGUAUUCAGUCAAAGAGAGCAUUCCUGUUUGGAAGUGUAGAAAUGCUAAUCAAGUUAGUACCAGGAAACUCUGCUGGAACAGUCACAGCCUACUACUGGUCCUCUACUGGAAACUUCCAUGAUGAGAUUGACUACGAGUUCUUAGGAAAUGUUUCUGGGCAGCCUUACAUUAUCCACACCAAUAUUUAUACCCACGGAAAUGGAAGCAAAGAGCAGCAAUUCUACCCCUGGUUUGACCCAACUGCUGAUUUCCACAACUAUACCAUUCACUGGAACCCCAAUGAAAUUGUGUGGUACAUUGAUGGAAUUCCAAUUCGAGUUUUCCGAAACUAUGAGAUUGAGGGAAUUGCUUUCCCUAACAAGCAGGGGAUGCGAGUUUAUUCAAGCCUAUGGAAUGCUGACAACUGGGCAACUAGAGGUGGGCUUGACAAGAUAGACUGGAACAGUGCACCGUUCAUAGCCAGAUUCAGUAGAUUCAGGGCGAGGGCUUGCAAAUGGAAUGGACCAGUCAGCAUCAAUCAAUGUGCCUCCAACUCCACAGCUAACUGGUGGACCUCACCAGUGUACAGCAGCUUGAGUUAUGCUAAGAUGGGUCAGAUGAACUGGGUCAGAGACAACUACAUGAUUUACGACUAUUGCAAAGAUACUGCAAGAUUUAAUGGACAGAUGCCUCCGGAAUGUUAUAAACAACAAUUCUAACAUCAAGAUUGCGAGUCAAUCUGCAAACAGUGAACAUUGGGGUGGUUCCUAAAACAACAAAUUCCAUUUUCCUAAAACUGAAAAUAAAUUCAUUACUUGUAUUUGCAUUUCAAUCAUAUACCAUUCAUUCAUGUAUUAUGAUUUCUUUGAAUAAAUGCAUUCUGUGUA